GGAACUCUUCAGUCAACCGCGACUGUUUCCCGAGGCUGCCUGUGUCCGGGAGACCAAGGCGGUCACGCUGGGAAGCCGGUUUCCGUCGUUUUCUUUUCUCACUGCGUCUGUGCGGCGCGGGAGCGGCGGCGGUUGCUGCGAUGAGGCAGAAGCACUACCUCGAGGCUGCAGCGCGGAAACUACAAGCUAGCUGCCCGGGCGAGGCCCGCUAUCUCCUCUGGGCCUACGGUUCGUCACACGAUGACAGAAGCACUUUUGAAGAAACUUGUCCAUACUGUUUCCAGUUGCUAGUGCUGGAUAACUCUAGAGUACGUCUCAAACCCAAGCCCAGAAUGACACCCCAAAUACAGAAACUUCUUCAUCGAGAAGCAAAAAAUUAUACACUCAGUGUUAAAGAAGCAAAAAUGGUGAAAAAGUACAAAGACUCUAAAAGUAUAUUGUUGAUUACUUGUAAAACAUGCAACAGAACAGUUAAAUGUCCUGGUAAAAGUAGAAGCUUUCUAUCAGCACUGAAGAGCAAUCCUACCACUCCUACAAAGAAACCCAGUCCAAAGACACCUGGGAGAAAGACUCUAUAUUCUGCAAACGUAAAUCGUGAUAUGGUUGGUUCCAAAGGCAAGAGUCCAACAUUGAUUUGCAGAACACCCACAUCUGGACAGUCAACACCCAUAUGCUCUUCAAAGAAUGGAAGCAAAGCAAAGAAACACUUCUCUAAACUAAAAAUGUUACUUAGUGAGAAAGAAUCCCCAAACAAUCCAAAGGUGGACUUCAGAAAUUUCUUGUCUUCUCUAUGAAGGAUGGAUUUUGAAAAUAAGAAAUAUCUAAUUCAAUUUCUGGAAGUUAGAAAAAGGACAUUUUUCCCUUGUAUUUAUUCUUUGAAUACAUGAAAAUUAGGUCCAAGAGCAAACUUUUCUUGGCAUCUCUCAGUGUUUAUGGGGAAGAUACCUCACUGAAAUGAAUAACUGAAAUCUGUGCCACAAAGGGUGGUUGUAAAGAUCAAAGAAGUAUGUGGAAGGUCCUUUUAAUUAAUAUAUAUAUACAGAGAGAGUGCGUUACUAUUUCCCCUCCCUUAAUUAGCAGUUUUCAUUAUUCAUGUUUUCUUUCAUAAGAAAAUUGAGACUUUAUGAGAGGGUCUACUCACUGAAGAUUACUUCCAGGUAUCUAUAGCUUUAUUGCUAACUCAGAAAAAGGAUCAAUUAUCUGUGUCUGUUUUUUCCUUCAAUCAUCUACAUAACUGUAUUAAAACUUGAACAUUUUUCCUAUUUUGAGUGCAAAAGUAAAUAUCUGGGACAGUCUUGAUUAUAGAUGAUUCGAUAGAAUACUGAAAUUUUCAUUUUUACAACUUUCUAUUGCUUCUAUAAUAAUAUUUCACCCUAGUGAUAUUUUCAUUUGCUCUAGUAAAGACUUAUUUGUAGGUCUAAAAAUUAUAUCAGAAUAUAACAUAGUAAGCAACAGUUAUCUAUCUUAAAUCUUUUCUGGGACAUAAAUACACAUAUAUAUUUUAAUGAUAAGCUAGGAUUGUAUUCAAGCUGUCUUUUAAAAAACUCUUUA